AUGCAAACUAAAGGUGGAGAGUUACAAAGAAUUAACGAGCUUCAUGCAAGUUACUUGGCGUAUCAAUAUCCUUUAAUUUUACCUUAUGGAGAAGAUGGUUAUAGACCAAACAUAGCUCAUCAAGACUUAGACAUAUUCCAAGACAACAAGAGAAAUAGACUUACAAUUAGAGAGUGGCUAGCAUUUCGCAUUCAGAACAGAUCAUUUGAGGCUAAAACUUUAUUGUCUUCAAGAAGGCUUUUUCAACAAUUCUUAGUUGAUGGUUACACAAUGUUAGAGUCCGAAAGACUUCAAUGGAUUCGUGAAAAUCAACCUAAAUUAAAGGUUUCGAAAUACAACAGUCUUACUGAAGUGGGUGAACAAAGUGAAACACAUGGUUCUUCAACAGGAAAAAGAGUGGUUUUGCCUUCUACUUAUGUUGGUAGAAGGAGGUUUAUGGAUCAAUUGUACUAUGAUGGAAUGGCUAUUUGUAGCAAGGUAGGGUUUCCUGAUUUAUUUGUAACAUUCACUUGCAAUCCAAAUUGGCCUAAAAUACAAAGGUUACUUAGGCCUCUUGGACUAAAACCCCAAGAUCGUCCUGAUGUGAUUUCGAGGAUAUUUAAAAUCAAGUUUGAUCAGCUUCUAUAA